AGCUCUAUAGCUCUGGAAGGAGGAGUGAGGCCGAGCUUUGCUCUGUGCAUCCAGCUAGCUAAUGCUCAAAUAUAGUCGGUCGUGUGGAUUUUAUAAAACUAGACAAUCGAUUGAGGAAAAAUAAGGAAACAAACGCAUUUUACUGCAGGAGCUCUGCUUGCCUCCAUGUCAAUGGAAGCACCCCCAGAUCCACCUGGCAGCAUGUUGCUGGAGGUGCCGGAUCCGAUACCAGACCAGGCGACAGAACUAGCUCCAGAACAAGCCCCAGAACUAGCUCCAGAACAAGCCCCAGAACCAGCUCCUGAACUAACCCAAGAUUCUGCUCCAGCGUUAGCCUCAGAAAUGGCCUCAGAUUCAGCCCUGGAGCUAGCCCCCAAUCCAACCCAGGCUCCAGAUAUAGCCCAGGAACUGGCUCCCAGUGCAUCCCCAACUCCAGAGUUAGAAGUAACUCCCAAUGGAUCCACAGCCCCGGAGUUAUCGCCUGCUCCCGCCCCUGAUCCAGCCCCUGCUCCGUCAUCCCCAGUUCCAGUGAUGAACCCAGGGUGUAAAAUCAUGACAUUCAGGCCCACCAUGGAGGAAUUCAAGGACUUUGCCAAAUACAUUGCCUACAUGGAGACACAAGGAGCCCAUCGUGCCGGUCUGGCCAAGGUGAUUCCUCCUAAAGGCUGGAAACCGAGGCGGUCGUAUGAGACCGUUUAUGAUAUGGUCAUCCCUGCUCCCAUAAUGCAGGUGGUGACGGGCCAGUCGGGCCUGUUCACCCAGUACAACAUCCAGAAGAAGUCCAUGACUGUGGCAGAGUACCGUCAGCUGGCCAACAGCAGGAAGUACUGUACUCCACGACACAAGGACUUUGACGACCUGGAGAGGAAGUACUGGAAAAACCUCACUUUCGUGUCGCCCAUCUACGGCGCUGAUGUCAGCGGCUCCAUCUACGACCCGGAUAUCGCUGAGUGGAACAUCGGCCACCUGAACACGUUGCUGGACAUGGUGGAGCAGGAGUGUGGCAUCGUGAUUGAGGGCGUCAACACACCCUACCUGUACUUCGGCAUGUGGAAGACCACCUUCGCCUGGCACACGGAGGACAUGGACCUCUACAGCAUCAACUACCUCCACUUCGGAGAGCCCAAGUCCUGGUACACCGUCCCACCUGAACAUGGAAAGAGGCUGGAGAGGCUGGCCCAAGGUUUCUUCCCAGGCAGCUCCCAGGGCUGUGACGCUUUCCUUCGCCACAAGAUGACCCUCAUAUCUCCAUCCAUCCUGAAGAAGUACAGCAUCCCCUUUGACAGGGUCACCCAGGAGGAAGGGGAGUUUAUGGUGACGUUUCCGUAUGGCUACCACGCCGGUUUCAAUCAUGGCUUCAACUGCGCCGAGUCCACCAACUUUGCCACCCUGCGUUGGAUCGACUACGGAAAGAUGGCCACGUUGUGUACGUGUCGUAAGGACAUGGUGAAGAUCUCCAUGGAUGUGUUUGUUCGCUGCCUGCAGCCGGACCGGUAUGAGCAGUGGAAGCAGGGCAAGGACGGCACGGUUCUGGACCACCAGCGACCCACCACCCUGACCAGCCCAGAGCUGGAGCACUGGAGGGCCAACCGGGUCACCUACCGGGAGAAACUCCUCCAGAGGGCUUUACAGAAGAAGGAUCAGCUGAGGCGUCUUAAGCUGGAGGAGGUCAAGGUGCUGGUGGAGGAGGGCCAUGAGCUGGACGUCGUGGAGUACCAGCGCCAGGUGGAGGAGCGCGAGGCCCAGCGACGCCUAGAGAGGGAGGAGAGGAUGGCCCGGGAGGCUCUGCAGACAUUGGAGGCCAUGGAAAGGGAGGACCAGGAGAGGCAGGACAUGGUGGCAGCACAGGCCGCAGGAGUACAAGAGCCAUGGCAGGCAGCCGACACCAUAGAUGAGAAAAAGAAGAAGAAGAAAAAGAAGAAGAAGAAACAGAAGGCCCUGGUCCCGGACCCGCCAUCCCCCCUGCCCUUGUCUUUGCCUCCGGCACCACCGCCGACCAGUAUGACCUCCUUCCAAGCAGCUUUUGAGAAGUUUGCAACGUUCAGUGUUUCCCUGACGCCAAACCAGUCUCAGCAGUCGCCAUCCUACUCCAAACAGCUGACGAUGAGGAUGGAGGUGAAGAAGAGUCGUCGCCACCCUCUCAGCAAGCCGCCGACACGAUCCCCGCUGUCCAUUGUCAAGAAACAGGAGACGUCUAGCGAUGAAGAGCUGUUAUCCCCCGUGCCACUGGACGUCAGCGUGAAGAACGCCGGCCACUUGUGUCAGAACCGCCCCUCCAACUUCACUGCGGAGAAGGGUUUCAAUGCCGCCGUGGCAACACUGGAGCCUUACUGCGCUAUCUGCGCCCUGUUCUGCCCCUACACUCUGCCUCAGAAGGAGCACCUGUCAGAUAGCCCCAGUGCCCCCGAGCACCCCAACAUUCCCCGCUGUGGCAGCCGCACGCGCCCGCUGGUCCCGGAGAUGUGCUUCAGCACCGGCGCGGGAACCUUGGAACCGCUGCCACCCAACUCCCAAAUGGGCGACGACGGAACCAGCCUGCUUGUCUCCUGCUGCUGCUGCAGCCUGCAGGUCCACGCCAGUUGCUAUGGCGUUAGGCCAGACACUACAAAGGGUAAACCAUGGAAGUGUUCCCGAUGUUCAGCAGUGGCCUGGACUGCGGACUGCUGCCUUUGUAACCUACGAGGAGGUGCUCUGAAGAUGACCACGGACAGCCGGUGGGUCCACGUGAUCUGUGCCAUCGCCGUGGCCGAGGCUCGCUUCGUCAACGCCAUUGAGAGGGAGCCAGUGGAUGUCAGCGCCAUCCCUGAGAGCAGGAAGAGCCUGAAGUGUGUGUACUGCUACAAGAACUCCAAGCAGAUGGGCGGGGCCUGUAUACAGUGUUCCCAUGACAGCUGUUCUACCUCCUUCCACGUCACCUGCGCCCACAUCGCCGGUGUCCUCAUGAAGCCGGCUGAUUGGCCCUACGUCGUGUCCGUCACCUGUCAUAAGCAUAAGAAGAACACCCAUAAGGUGGGGGCAAGGGGAGAGUUCUCUCUGGGCCAGAAGGUGAUUGGUCGCAACAGCGACGGCUGGUUCUACCCCUGCACCAUCAUCGGCAUGGCGUCGCAGACCUUCUAUGAGGUCAACUAUGACGACGGCUCUUACUGUGACAACCUCUACCCUGAGAACAUUGUGAGCCACGACUGUCUGCGUAAUGGACCCCCAGAGACCGGCGAGCUGAUGCUGGUCCGCACCACGGAGGGCCAGGCACUCAACGCUUCCUUUGUAAAGGAGCAUAUGCACAAACACUACCAGGUGGAGUUCCACGAUGAGUCCCAGCUCUUACUGAAGCAGACGGAGAUCCAUUCGCUGGAGCAGGACCUGCCCAAGAGAGUCUGUGCCCGUCUGGCAAUACCAGCCCAGGAAGCCAUUUUAUCCGGAGACGAACCACAGGCAGCCAAGCGUCCUCGCCUUCCUGUCCCUCAACGUCCCCCGCAUUGCCCCCCCCAAGCCCCUGUGGACUCAGCGGAGAAGCACCACGUGUUUCAACCGCCAGCCGUCCCCGCGGCGCCUCACAGUAUUACCCCCACCACCCCGAGCCAGGCGCCCGUUCCACCCUGCGAUGACACCACUGCCCCCACCCUCACUCAGGCUCUGGCAAUACACAUCCCUGAGCCCACACCCAACCCAAUGCCCGUUCUCCCCGGCCUCGCUAACCCCCCGCUCCAGGCCCCACUGGGCCUGGACGUCCCUCUGCCUCCCACCUCCCAAGCCAUGCCCCCUCAGGACCAGGGCGAUGGCUACACGCCCAGCUCCAGCUAUGUGUCCUACAUGGAGACUCUGCUCAAAGCACACUUCCCUCCUCAGGAAGAGGGCCCUGGGCCCCUGUUUUAGGUGCCACACCACUCAGCAGGGCUAGCUAGGCUAACGGGAGCUAAGCUCAUGCUAGAUAAAGAUAUCUAUGCUAACGGAGGCUAUGCUAACGGAGGCUAGGAUCACUGACAGACAGUAGCGUCUGCUACACAGGAGCUGUAAGCAAGGCGCAAUGAAAGCACUCCUCAGUUGCAUGUAUUUUUUAUUUUAAUACCAGUUUUCUCCCUGCUGUGGUGUGGUAAUGGGUUUUUUCUUGAACUACAGCAAAAGGGAAGGUUUCUUUCCAACCUCUGUGUAUCUGCCAGUGUGCAAAGAUGAAUACGCUCCCAAGCAUCAACGCAGUACCUCUCUGCAUUAACGCACUUCCCUCACUCUUAAAGAAUGGAGGAACCAUCCACUUGGCCACAUGACGUCAGCAGUCUGUGUCCACAUUUUGUGUUACUCUAUAAAAACCAGCUGCAGAUAUUUUUUUUUUGUAAAAGCCAAACCAACUACUAACAAUGAAUCAAAAAAUCUGAUGGACAGAAUAUUUGUGUACAGUUUCAGUAAUGUAUUUUUUUUUGUGAGAGGUCCUGGGAGAAGGGGGAGAUGUAUUAUGGGGAGGGGAGGG